GGGAGGUAAGCACAAAUGGAGUGGCGGUUAUGUUUGGCUUAGAGCUGCAGUAUUGUACAGCGCAACUGUGCACUGUUGAUUUCUUUAAAAGACUACAGAUCCCCACGGAAGCCUAACUAUACAUGGGAGCAACUGUUAUCUCCAUAUAGAAGGCAAUGUCAGCUCUGCCUGCAACAGGACCCUGUUUGUCAGGACUGUCUCCUCAGUCUCAGUCUAGUCUAACUGCACAAACUAAUCCUGGAUCAACUCAGCUUCCUCCUCCUCCGCAGGGUGUUCUGCGUGAGAUUCCCCCCGCCAUCCUGUGUAAGAUUGGCCAAGAAACUGUACAGGAUAUUGUUUCUCGCACUAUGGAAAUAUUUCAUUUAUUGAGAAGUAUUCAGCUUCCAAAUGGUGUGACACAGAGCCAAGCAGUUUAUCAGGAUCGGUUCUGUAAACUGCAGGAGCACUUGCGCCAGCUUACUUUGCUUUUUCGCAAACUGCGUUUGCUGUAUGAGAAAUGUGCCGAGAUGACCUCAGACCUUGACAAGUUGCCUACAGAGAUGGUUCCCUAUAUAAACGAAGACAAUCAAGAUGAAAUCAGUACAUUUCAAGGAAGUCGUGAGAGCCAGGAGAUUCUAGAAAAGGUGAAACAGAAGAAUGAAGGAAUGAAGGUGCUUAUGGAUCAAAUGCGCCAGUUACUUUGGGAUAUUAAUUCUAUGCUUACCCUUAGAAAGUGACCCCUUCCAUUCAUUGGGCAUUGUCUAAACAAGCUAUGAAGCUACAAAUUGUAGAACUAUGAACUGUUCUUAAAAAACAUUGUUGAAUGAAGCUGACAUUUGACAUGGUACACAAAUGUCAUAGCUAUACUUGGUCAGACCUUUUAGAUAAUUUACACUGUGUGCUGACUUGAAAGUUAUGACUUAUUGGGACAUUUGGCUUAAACACACAACCCCUCCAUCUUGACUACCUCAAUGCAGUUUUACACUUGAUCUAAACUUUUUUUAAAGAAAGGUUAAAAUACACUGUCAGUUUUCUUAAAAGCAUAAGUGGUAUAUUAUGUAGAAGGUUGCGUAAGUUGAAAUCUUUGGCCUACAUUGGAUGUUUCUAUCCAGCUUCAGACUUUCUGUAUUUUUUUUUUUUAUUUUUUUUUUAUAUAGAGCUUGAUAGGUAUGUGUUUUUGUAAAAAAAAA